AUGUCUGAAGCGCCGAUAGUGACAGUUGAACAGGGACAGCUCCAGGGUCGCGUUGGAACUAGCCCUAAUGGAAAAACCUUCUUUAGCUUCCAGGGUAUACCUUACGCUAAGCCUCCUAUAGGACCUUUGAGAUUCAAGGCUCCCCAGCCCCCUGAACCAUGGCAGGGCAUUUACAACGCCACUGCUGAAGGAAAUAUAGCACCCCAGAUUACCCUUGAAAGCAAAUACGUCGGCGAAGAUAACUGCCUAUUUCUCAAUAUAUACUCACCAAAGCUAGAUGGAGCAGAUCUUCCUGUCAUGAUAGUUGAAGCUCACGAACAAAUGAAUCCGACAAAAUUUACAAUCGUAAAGUUAAAUUACUUCACUGUUGUCUUCGAAAAAGAAUUUCCUGGAGUAGAAGGUUUUAUUACCGAAUCCUUUUUGGACUUAGUGACGUCUGGUAGGAUAGCGGAUAUUCCAAUGAUGAUAGGAUUUUGUACUUUAGAGUUCAUUAAAGAUGAACAGAUUCCCGACCUUCAGUUUUUCAUCCCUGAUGAGUUCAAUUUGAAAAAGGACUCCAAAGAAUCUUUAGAGAUUGUUGAGAAAUUUAAACACUUAUACCUCAAAGGUGACCACGCUGAAGGGAUGGCCAGAUUAUUAUCAGACCGCAGCAUAAAAGUGGAUACCAACAGAUUGGUGAAAUAUUUAGUCCAAGUGACAAAUAGACCAAUUUACUUUUAUAACUUUGAUUACGUCGGGGCACUAAAUAUUUAUGACAAAAUUAUGAAGAACCCCUAUAAUCAUGCGGCGCAUAUGGAUGAUCUAGGUUACCUGUUCAAAAAUGUUUUUCAGAAAGAUUUGACGAUCUCAGAACUAGACAAUAAGGUCAGAGAGAGGAUGCUGAAACUAUGGACCAACUUUGCUAAGUUUGGAAACCCGACACCUGACAAAGAUUAUUACCUACCAAUCACCUGGCAACCAGUCGACAAGGACAAUGCUUAUUACUUAAACAUUGGCUCUGAAUUAACUCUACAAACUGAUGUUGAUAAAGAAAAAAUGGAUUUCUGGGAUGACUUAUACAGAAAAUACUUUCGAAUCUGGGAACAGCCAAAAACUAACAGUGACGAAGUGAUCAUCAAAUAUAAACCACCAACUAAUGUUUAUACUGUUCAGGAACCGAAUGAAAUAAAAACCGCAGCGGCCCCAACGGUUUCAAAAGUGAAUGGAGAAAGUUCAGUUCCUAAACAAGUUGAUAUUGAAACCAAUAUGAAAGGAAUGGUGAUCAGAGCGAGCGACCCGCCAGAAGAUGACUUACCAAAAAACAUCGGAGUUAAUAAGUUUAUUAAUUUUUAUGAUUCGCUUGGUAAAAACACAUAG